CAACAAGUUUUAAAUAAGUGUGCAUUAAUUCAAUGAUUGGUUAUCCUGCAUUGGUAGCUGUAAUAUAGGCUUGCUUUCAAAAAAUAUUUGGCACCUACCCUGGGACCAACAUGACCAAGCUUGGAAAAAAUUAUGACGUUAGUAACAAUACAGGCAUGUAAUAAGCAUGUGAAUUAUGGCUAGGCUAAAAUGUUUUACUUAAAUGAAAUGUAACCAUAGUUACUAAACACAUGCCAUGUGAGGAUAAUCCACUGUUACUGUACACUUAUUCAUCAUCAGAUCCUGUUCAUGUUCCAUGAUGACUUAUUUAUUUCUUUUGCCCUGAUUUUGGUACUGUGGUGCUGUUUUGGCUUCUAUGCCUGGCUGAACCUUAUCGCCAUAUACUCAAUUAUUCAUCUUGAGCUCAAUUAUAGAAUACAGGGCCACUCCAACAGUCUUGUGUUGUAUGUACAUGGCUUGGGCAUGUUGGGAUGAUGUUUUUCCAAAGAGACAGUGAAGUCUGCGUAUCAAUUGGCCUGCAUUCCUUACUUGGACUAGCUUUUUAAUGUCCCCCCCCCAAAAAAAUUGUUUUAAGUGAUUUUUUACAAAAUUAUUUUUAAAAAUUGAGGAAGUUUGCCAAUUUCAUUUCAAUUACAGGAAUUUGAUAUUUCAAUUUUCCUUCAGGUUUCCCCUGUGGUUUUGCUGGGGGGGUAUUGGGUGAUUUGGUUUGCUUUUUUGCUGGAUUUUGAUACUGUUCAUUGCACUCCUAAUAAAUAGUUUUAUGUCCCAAUUGCUUUUUCUUUCUCCCCAAGAUGCUUGAUGAGCUGCUGGCAUCAAGCUCCACCGCUGACAACUCCAGUUUGCCAGAUUCCCCUUCCGAGCCCAUGGAGACAGAGGAGUGCAUUCCAUCUGAUGCAGAAUGUUCUGAUGCGAACAAGCACAACUUGGGCACAUCAACACACAUGGUGCCAGUGAGGUCAACAUGCCAGAUGAAGACUGUGGGCACACAGACUGACAAAGUGGCUACGCGUGUGAAACCUGUGCAGGCGACAGAGCGCACAAGAAGCCAAGGCAUGUUGGCUAAGGAACCCAUGACUUCCACUGGUGUCAUGUGCAAGCUGUUAGAUGAUGGCCCUGAUGAGGAGAGUAGCAGCUCUGACGAGGAGGAAAAUAGCCAGUCACAACCAGAGUCUCCUGGUUAUACACCAGAAUCAUCUGGAUCCUCAUCAGAUUACCCCUCCACCCCCCACAAGAAAACGAAAAGACCCAUCAAACGGAAAAGAGGGAUGAGCCCACGCACAGUGGUAGACUACACUGAAAUUGGCAGCAUGGAUGCCCAUACUGAACGAAAGUACAUUGUGUGUGGGUCUAGGCUGUUUCCGCUACUGAAGAGGUGCUUUGGUUGCGGAUCCUAUGAUGUCAUCAUCAGGCAGAGGGAGAUUGGCACCAUGCUGUCAGUAACCCAGGAGUGCCGAAGUUGCAGUCUGGGGCAGCAGAUCUGGGAGAGCCAGCCAUGGUUCCAGAACGUCCCAUCUGGCAACCUCCUUUUGUCUGCUGCCACACUUUUUGCAGGNCAAAAAUUCCAACCACAUGGAGCUGGAGGGUUUCAAGAGGACGGCUAA